CUGAACGCAGCGGCAGCUCGCAGCCGGAACAGGCCGCCGCACAUUCGCUGCCCCGUGAGUGGCGGAGGCGGAGGCUUGAUCAUCGGGGGAACGGACCAAUCACACCCGCCCUGAGAGCUCCGGCGCUCCCCCCACGUCUGUCCCUCUAUCUGCUCAGUGGCUCGGCCUCCUCCCCCCGCAGCUGUGGAGGGACUGAGCAUUCCUCAUCUUCCUGGGCUCGAUAGCAGAGGAACGCGGCGACGAAACGAGCCGGAGACACGACGGAUUCAAACACCUCAUGACACUUUCCAAGGGCACGUAAGGUCGAUGUUGGGUCGCGGUGUGAAGCGGAAGUGGAGCUGCCUGGAGGAGCUGGAGGGCGAGACCCUCCCUGCUGCAGAGAAGGAGAAGAAUGGCGAGGAAGACGGAGGAGAUGAGGGCGGGUUCCUCGUGGGUCCGCACAAAUCCGACAUGAGCCACCUGCAGCAGCGUCAGCUGGUGCUCGGCCUCUGCAUGGAGAAGCUCCAGGGCUACCAGACCGGGAUGGAGCUCAGCCUGCGUCGCUCCGUGCUGCUCAUUAACACGCUCAGGCAGAUCCAGGAGGACAUGCAGAGCGACGGGGUGGGAACCUGCACAUCGGAGGUUCUCCUCAACCGCGUCCACACUGACUCCUGCCUUCUCAGGGAGGACAUGCAGGUUACGUGCCCCGGGUGUGCAGAGGGUGAUGGGGACAUCCUAUCUCCGCCACUGUCCCCAGAAUUCCCCUCUCAGGAGGCAAAUAGUUCGCCCGACCAGCAGAAAUCGCUACCUGCUGCAACGAUCAAUACGUUUAGUGAUGCAGUAAACGCCAUGGGCUACCUCAGCGACCUCGCCCUGGACGACAUCUUUGAGGACAUUGACACAUCGAUGUACGAGACUUCAGAACUGCCUUCUGCCUGUGCGGCGGGUUCCCUGUGGCCCAUCAGUGUGUCGCUUUGGGCGGAUGAGGAUGUGAAAAUGCGUCCUCCCAGCCACGCCUCGGCGGGCAGUCUCCAGUCGCGUCUGAUGGACAUGAACGAGCUGGACCACAUCAUGGAGAUUCUGGUAAAGUCCUGAUCGCCAAGACAAACAUUUACUGCACACAAUCAAAGAUUCAGAGUCUGAUCACAGCUGGGGAGGCUGACAGUGGAGGCCGGGAACAAGGAAGUGACCUUCGAUUUUUAAGGCUCCAUCUGAAAAUGCGACUUAAGCUCCGAACCCAUCCAAUAUCUUGAGUUAUGUGCAUGAACUUUAAACACAAAAUAUUUAUUACAAUACAUCAAGAAUCUGGUUUAAAAUGUUUCAUGCGAUUAGCGAACAUUAAGGAAACAUCCACUUUUAGUAAUGUGAAGGCACGUACAGAUAUUUCUAGAAGUCUCAGUGGAAGAAUAAGCUAUUGAAUAUUAUUGUUGACAUUCAACAAGAACAAAUGCCGUUUUGAACAGGCAGAGACCCAUUUCUGCAGCCACAGGAGCAGGACACAGAUCAGACAGCUCUGCAGUUUCAGGACAGGUUGUGUAUUGAGUAGUGGGUCGAUAAUCUGUAAUAAUUGCAUAAGUGUCUAAAGUGGAGUUUCCUUAAUUUGGUAAAACUGUACAUCCAGAUGGAUCCUUACUUUUCCAAUCUCAGUGUUUAUGUCACUUUUCUCUCCUGUUUUAGUAACUUCUGGUAAAAGCAGCAGCACCUCUCUGAGUGAGUCCAACAGGAGGAACCUGAGCUGCCAUGUUUUGUGCGUCACUCAGACUGUAAGAUCAGACUUGGGUUGAUUAUUAAUUGAAAUCCCUUCAAUUACUUAAGAGGGUGUGUGCUGACCAGGAGGGCAAAGGCCUGGGUUUCUUUUCAGUAUUGGGACUGAAUGGCUUUAAUCGUUCCAUGUAGGAUCAGCCAUCUUUGUGGCUGUGUUCAUGCCGCAGUGAGAGCGGUGGAAAGUCUCUCUCUAUAUAUAUAUAUAUAGAGAGAGAGAGAAUGUGGCCACUGAAUUUGGGGAUUUACCAGCCAAAGAAGUACAUUUAAAAUCCCUGGAGAUUAAUGCCACGCUCACGUCGUUUCACAAGAAGCAGGAAAAAAUGGAUGACAUCUUAAACGUGUUCAUCUAAUAUUCUUAUUUACCAAUGAAAGUUCAACCACAAACUGCAGCAGAUAUUAUUUGAUGUAGAGUCUAUUGUUUGAGUGUAACUUAUAAUUCAGAUUCUUUAUGACCCUGGACUGUCAGUGUUUGUGACAUCAAACGGGACAAACUAUCAGAGCCUGUAUGAGACAUUUGAUCAUCCUUUCACCACACGGUUGACGUGAACAGUUUAUCCUUCUCGGCAGCUUAUAUUUACGGUAAAUCCAACAUGUCAUGAACGCCGCCGCGUAAAACAUGUAUUUUAAAUAGUAACGUUAUCCCAGUCUGCUUCUGACUGAGGAGCUGAUCGCCAGCAAUCAGGACGACUUUGCCAUGUCUCAGAAUUGUAAAUUACAACAGAAGCCUACAGUAUGUAUUUUUAUGGCCAUGAUGGUAUGAAUUUGUAUUGCAAUGUAAAAAAAAAGUGUUUUAUAUGUGUUUCUACCUGAAACUCCAAUCACCUGUCCAGUAGAAGAGAUACAGAAUGAAGGACUGCAAUGAUGUCCGACCUUCACUGUCUGUGGUUUACUCCUGUUCUACCUCGAGUCCGUUUGUUGGUUUACCUGGACACUCCUGUCUGUCACUGAUAGAUUUAGUUUUUCACUGUUUAAACUCGGCUGAAAAUCCAAUCCAAUGGACUCCAGUGUUUUCCUGUCAGACCAAAGCAAUCCGUCCUCAUCUCCAUCUCUCGUCUCAUGUCGACAACGUGCCUUACUACUGAACCUAAUUUUUAUUUGUGUUGAGGUCUAUGUGGUUGUCUGAGCUCGAGCUUCAUUGACAAAACCCUAAGAACUGAGGCGAGGUGUUACGUAAAGCACUAAGAGCCAGAACCCGCCAUCGUUCCUUCUUCUUUGCCUUUUUUUUUUUCUUCUGUGCUCAGUGAACACUAGUGGCAUAUGAGCUUAAUGUAUCCUGACAGGAUGACAGUAAACUAGCUGAGGGAGGAGGUGGCUUCGAGGGCCAGGAGGGAAAAAUAAGAGGAGGACAUGGAGGAGGAGGGGUGGGAGGAAGCAGCUUGCGUCACUUGCUCAGUAGGAGGAGUUUAGAGCUUGUUUUGCCCAGACUCAGACCACCGACCAAUCACAUGAGAUGUGCAAGGAGCACUCUGCUGCUCCAACAACAACUUGUUUUUGCUCCUGAAAUACAGUGUGAAUCUGUUGGAUUUCAGCCUCUGAAAUAAAACCACUUCUCCGUUUUCUUUUCUUUUUCAUUUGCAUAAUCUCUGACAGGACUGAAUACUUAAAGCAGAAAGCUGCAGCGUUAUUUAUAAUAUGAGUGUCAGUAGGGUCUGUAAAGCACAAGCUGUAUGUCGUUGAUGCUGAUUAUGAUAUAAAUAUAACUGAAGGAUGCUCGGUAAUGAAAUGAUAAUGAAUAAUGUAUUGUAUUUUUUGUGGAAUAUUUUAUAGAUUUUAUUCAAUAAUACAGUAAAAAUA